AUGGCUGCCCUUGUUAUGCUCUCUGCUAUCCUCCUCUUCCUGCCUUCCUCCAUGGCCAAAAACAUUCUCUAUGAAGGCGAAUCGCUGAAGACCGGCGAAUCCCUCACAGAAGGGGUCUAUACACUCACCAUGCAGACCAACUGCAACCUCGUGCUGUCAGACAACGGCAACGUCUUGUGGUCCACUAAUACCGGCGGCAAAGGCACCAACUGCUACCUCAGCGUCCAGACCGACGGCAACGUCGUCAUCUACGACAAGGCCGGCAAUGUUAUUUGGUCGAGCGACACCUGGUCCCGUUGGGGGGGCCCCUACCUCUUUGUCCUGCAGCGCAACCGCAACGUCGUCUUGUACGACUCCAAGUGGGCCACCAACACCUACACCGCCAAUUCCGAAGGGUUUGUGGUCGCCAAAAGGGACCACAACGAUACUAGCAUCAUGACGGAGGUGGUCGUGCCGGCUGCGGAUGAACCCGCGAACAGAAAGAUCGCCAUGGCGACUAAUAAUUAG